AUGGGUCGUCUCACGGAAUACGAGGUCAUCGGGCGCCACUUGCCCACCGAGUCCAACCCGACUCCCGCGCUGUACCGCAUGACCAUCUUCGCUCCCAAUGUCACGGUUGCGAAGUCCCGUUACUGGUACUUCUUGCGUGGCCUGAAGAAGGUCAAGAAGGCCACCGGUGAGAUCGUCAGCGUCAAGGAGAUCCAGGAGAAGCACCCCCUCAAGGUCAAGAACUUCGGUGUCUGGCUCCGCUACGACUCUCGCUCCGGCACCCACAACAUGUACAAGGAGUACCGCGAGAUGUCCCGCACCGACGCCGUCGAGGCUCUCUACUCCGACAUGGCCGCCCGCCACCGCGCCCGCUUCAGGUCCAUCCACAUCCUCAAGGUCGUCGAGCUCGAGAAGGGCGACGAUGUCAAGCGCCCUUACAUCAAGCAGCUCAUCACCAAGGGCCUCAGCUUCCCCCUCCCCCACCGCGUCUCCAAGCUCAACAACCAGAAGAUCUUCAGCGCGAAGCGUCCCACCACCUUCGCAUAA